UUAGCUGUCAGGGAAACACCCUAUUUCUGGGUUUCAGCACAGUAUUGUUGAUCUAUAAAGCCUCUAUCUAGUCUCUCUCUGUUACAGCUCCUGCAGAAGUUACUCUGUCUCUCCAAGUGGCAUCAGACCAAAUCUCUUCUCAGAUCCAGUUACUAUUGGCACAUGUUUCCAAGGCAAUGGCUUCUAUUAAGAUAGAGACUAUCAUGAAAGAGAAGAACAGAAUGGGCGAAUGUCCUGUGUGGGAUGAAAAGACUGGUCACCUUGUUUAUGUGGAUAUCAAUGAACAGAAGGUUUGCAGAUGGAACCCAAUCACAAGGGAAAUACAGAGUGUGGCCCUGGAUGCCAGAGUAGGAUGUGUGGCACUCCGAGAGUGUGAGGGCUACGUAGUAGCCUUUGGAACCCAGUUUGGCCUCUUGAACUGGGAAAACCAAACCGUGACAACUGUUUCUCAUCUUGAACAAGAUAAACCAAGCAAUAGGUUCAAUGAUGGCAAAGUGGACCCAGCUGGAAGAUUUGUGGCUGGUACCAUGCCUGAGGAAUCUAGCCCAGGAGUGUGGGAGAAACAACAAGGGUCUCUCUAUACUCUCUACCCGGAUUGUUCUGUGGUGAAGCAAUUGGACCGGCUAGGCAUCUCGAAUGGGUUGGACUGGUCUCUGGAUCAUCAAAUAUUCUACCUUAUUGAUAGCUUGACAUAUGCUGUGCAUGCCUUUGAUUAUGACCUACAAUCAGGGAAGAUGGGUAACAGAAGACUUCUCUAUAAGCUGGAAGAGGAAGAAAGAAUGCCUGAUGGUAUGUGCAUUGACAUUGAAGGGAAACUCUGGGUGGCCUGCAUUGAUGCUGGGAGAAUAAUCCGCUUGGAUCCUGAGACAGGAAAGAGACUGCAGACCUUGAAGAUGCCCACUCCUAGGAUAACAUCCUGCUGCUUUGGAGGGAAGGACUACUCUGAACUCUAUGUCACUUCAGCCUCUGAUGGCUUGAGCCAAGAAGAAUUGUCAAGAGAACCCUAUGCAGGAGAUAUUUUUAAGGUAACUGGCCUGGGUGUGAAAGGAAUCCCUCAGUAUUCCUUUACAGGUUGAAUUACCCAUAGGUACUUCACGAAGAAGUCUUCCACACUCCAGAAGGAUCUGAAUCUGUAACACAGUCCCACAUGGUACUUAGCUAUGGAUUGCAUUCUACCUCUCUAUGGCUUCUUAACAGACUUAGACAAUAAAAUUGCCUAUUAUGUCAAGAGCUUUCCCUUGAGUUAUAAUCUUUAAUGUAGGUUAUAGAUGUGUGAUCAUGCAAAACACAUUUUCAUAUUAAUCAUGUUGUGGAAGAAAUGAAGUGAAAAAUAGUAUGCUUGGAACUACAUUCAGAAUCCAUCAGUUCUUUCUUUGAAGGUGCAUUGUAUUUUUAAUCAUGAGUCCUUUGGAAUUGUCUUAGGUCAUUGUAUUUCUGAAAACAGCUAAGUCAUUCACAAGGGAUUAUCAUCAAGAGUGCUGUUACUAUGUGCAACAUUCUUCUGGUUCUGCUCACUUCUCUUUGCAUCAGUUCAUGUAAGUCUCUCCAGGUAUUAUAAAAUGGUUUUAAAUAUAACAUAUAGAUAGCCUCUAACAGCCUGCAUAUGUAUCAUCAGUUAAAUAAAGCGUAUGAGUCUGAUCUAUUUAAAAUUAGCUAGCUACAGUGAACACUUGGUUAUUUUGCUUGCCUUCUUAGAAUUUAGAAGUGGGAUUGUUCAGAUUGCUUAAGUCUCAUUAAAAAAGCAAUUUAAGCAAGUUUGAACUGAUGCCUUCGUUUCAUCUUGACAUAUUCCCCAUAGCAAGCAAAAACAUUCAGAACAGUUCCUGAGACCUUUUUUUGGUGUGAAUCUCUAAAAAACAGGAAACUCCAACAUUUCAUCUUCUUCAUCUGUUUCCUUGGUCCUCCUACUUUAACCCCAAACAAUAUUACUAGGGAAACCACAUAAAAACAAUCUAAAGUGUGUGUGAAUGGUCCAAGAAGGAAAGACAGUGUAUACUCUUUUAUAUUAACAACAGGGAAUACUUUUAUUACGUAUAUGUGUAUUAUGUGUAUAUCAGCUACCUUGAAGUUUCUUUUAAAAACAUCAGUCAAAACUAUCUCCUUCUAUUGCC